AUGGGACAAGAUAACCACACAAGUGUAUCAGAAUUCCUCCUUCUGGGACUUUCAGAGAAACCAGAGCAACAAUUGCUCCUCUUUGGGAUCUUCUUCACCAUGUACAUGGUCACCAUGAUUGGGAACUUGCUCAUCAUUCUGGCCAUCUAUUCUGACUCCCACCUCCAUACUCCUAUGUACUUCUUCCUCUCCAACCUGUCCUUCGUGGAUCUCUGUCAGAUAUCCACCACAAUGCCUAAGAUGUUGAUAAACAUCCUGACACACAACAAGGCCAUCCCCUAUGCUGGCUGCCUCGUCCAAAUGUAUUCUUUUCAUUUGUUUGGAACCAUGGAUAGUUUUCUCCUUGCUGUGAUGGCCUAUGACCGUUUUGUAGCCAUCUGUCACCCACUACGCUAUGCAACCAUCAUGAGUCCUCGGCUCUGUGUCCUGCUUGUAGGAGGACCCUGGGGUAUCACCAAUCUCCAGUCAGUGGUACACACCUCCCUAAUGGCCAAGUUGACCUUUUGUGCAGACAAUAAAAUCCCCCAUUUCUUCUGUGACCUCAUGCCUCUGCUGAAGCUCUCCUGCUCUGACACUCACAUCAAUGAGCUGGUGAUUUUAAUCUUUGGCAUCUUCAUGGGUAUAAGUCCCCUGGUGUGCAUUCUUCUCUCCUAUAUCUGCAUUUUCUGUGCUGUCCUUCGGGUUCCUUCUGCCAAGGGGAAAUGGAAAGCCUUCUCCACCUGUGGCUCUCACCUUACUGUGGUCUUACUCUUUUAUGGAACCAUUUUUGCUGUGUAUCUGCAGCCCUCAGGACCCACCUCUCCACAAAAGGACAAGGCAGCUGCUGUGAUGUGUGCAGUAGUCAUACCCAUGCUGAAUCCCUUCAUCUACAGCCUGAGAAACAGGGAUAUGAAGAGUGCUUUAAGGAAACUCAUCAGCAGAACAUCCUCACAGUAAUUGGAGCCACAGGCUUAGGGGGCUAUGAGACAAGCACCUGGGGAACUCAAGACUAGCCCCUUCCUGCUUUUCACUGGACACCUGCAUUGCCACCACCCAAGGUCUUCAGGUAUCUAUACCCUGAGGACCACAGUAGGGUUGCCACAUUUUAAGAGUGAAACUGUCAUGUUGAAGAGCAUCUAAAGAAGGACAACUGGAAUGAGGAAGAAUUAGAGGCCAUGAAAGAUCAAACGAAAGAACUAAGAAUGUUUAGUGUAGAGAAGAAAAAUUUAAUAAGACACAAUAGCUGGGUUUUGAGUGUCCAAGAGGCUCAGAUAGAAGAGGGAUUAUUGGAAUCAAUACUAUAAAUAAAGUCUCAGAGUUAAAUGGAACUUUAAAUGUCAUCUCAUCCAAGCCAUCCACAAAUACAAGAAGCACUUGUGAUAUCAUCAGCCUUGGGGAGCUCAAGGUGUGGGAACUGAAAUCUACCUAUGCCUUAGUAGAUAAGCCCUUGAGAAUUACCUGAAUUAUCUAAGGAUUAAGUGAUCUGUACAUCCUUAUGCACUUAAUAAGUAUCAGAAACAAGAUUUUAACUCUGGUCUUCCUAACUCCAGGCCCUGCACUCAAUCCACCAUGCAAUAUUGCCUCAUACUUCAAUAACAACAAAAACUUGUUGAGCCAUGAAGUUGCAGAGUCAUUGUUGAUCUGCAUUGGUAGAAGGCAUUUCUUCACUAGGAGUUCCAUAA